UCCCCGGUGUGUGGGUCCGUGACAGUGUCCAACGGGGCCUAGUCCGUGUCCGGCCCCCCCAAGUCUUCCCUCCCUGCCCCCAGGGUGAGUCCGGCCGCCCUCGGGACUCGCGUCAGAAUUCCCGGGAACUUGAACUGAGGCUUCCAAUAAUUGCUGCUCUGGCCUUCUAGAGAUAACUCCAAAGAAGUGCUUCCUCAUUCUUAUCAAAACCUGCUUCCUGCCAAGUCUACAAAUAGAAGACCAGAGACAGGAGCUUUUGGCCUUACCCAUGGAAACUCAGGCUGAUUGUGCAUCUCAGGAACCUCAGGUCCUGCUUGAGAGUGCUCUUCCUUCCCCAAAAGUUUCUGCAUUUUCUAACAAGGACAGUCUGGGGGAUGAGGUGUUGGCAGCUGCACUCCUGAAGGCCAAGUCCCAGGAGUUGGUGACGUUUGAGGAUGUAGCUGUGUACUUUAUCCGGAAGGAGUGGAAGCGUUUGGAGCCUGCUCAAAGGGAUCUCUAUAGAGAUGUGAUGCUGGAGAAUUAUGGGAAUGUGUUCUCCUUGGAUGGUGAGACCAGAACUGAGCAUGAUCAAGAAAUUUCUGAAGAUACAGGAUCACAUGGGGUGCUAUUGGGAAGAUUCCAAAAGGAUAUUUCUCAGGGUCUUAAGUUUGAAGAAGCCUAUGAAAAAGAAAUCAGUCUAAAGAGGCAGCUGGAGAAUUCUUCUGGAGAAAGACUGCAUAGGAAGAUACAAGAUUUUGGUCAAGUAACAGUUGAGGAAAAGCUAACCCCCAUGGGAGAGAGAAGUGAGAAAUACAAUGAUUUUGGGAACAGCUUUACUGUGAGUUCUAACCUUAUUUCACAUCAGAGACUUCCUGUGGGAGACAGACCCCAUAAGUGUGAUGAAUGUAGCAAGAGCUUUAAUCGAACUUCAGACCUUAUUCAACAUCAGAGAAUCCACACUGGGGAAAAGCCCUAUGAAUGUAGUGAAUGUGGGAAGGCUUUCAGCCAGAGCUCACAUCUGAUUCAGCAUCAGAGAAUCCACACUGGAGAGAAACCUUAUGAAUGUAAUGAUUGUGGGAAGACCUUCAGUUGUAGCUCUGCUCUCAUUCUACAUCGAAGGAUCCACACUGGAGAGAAACCUUAUGAAUGUAACGAGUGUGGGAAAACCUUUAGCUGGAGCUCCACCCUUACUCAUCAUCAGAGAAUCCACACUGGAGAGAAACCAUAUGCUUGUAACGAAUGUGGGAAGGCCUUCAGUAGGAGCUCCACCCUCAUUCAUCACCAGAGAAUCCACACUGGAGAGAAGCCCUAUGAAUGUAAUGAGUGUGGGAAGGCUUUCAGCCAGAGCUCACACCUCUAUCAGCACCAGAGAAUCCACACUGGAGAGAAACCCUAUGAAUGUAUGGAAUGUGGAGGGAAGUUUACCUAUAGUUCAGGCCUUAUUCAACAUCAAAGAAUCCACACAGGGGAGAAUCCCUAUGAAUGUAGUGAGUGUGGGAAAGCCUUUAGGUAUAGCUCAGCUCUUGUUCGCCAUCAGAGAAUUCACACUGGAGAGAAGCCUUUGAACGUAAUGGGGAUGAGCAAAAGUUCUCUCAGAGUUACUGCUGAAUUAAAUAUCAGAGAGUCUACAUGAAAGAGAGACACACACCUGUUUUUCUCACUUCCACUGAGUCUAAAGAGCUCCUCCUGCCAUACUAUAAAAGUAUGAACAGCUUAGGAUGUGUCCCUUCUGGUGCAAACCUUUCACUUUAGAGAAUGGGGCAAAUUUGGCGAAUCAUCCUGGCACAGUGAUAAGCCGCCUAGUCAGUUUCCCCAGGAAUGAUAAUAGCCUUGAAAAAUUAGGCAAGCAGCAGAUUAAGUGCUGGAAAUAGAGGGAAGCUCUGGGACCAGUCACCUUCCACUAUGGAAGGGAGUUUGCACUAGACCAUACUCCUCACACCAAGGGAGACUUUCUUACCAAGGUGGGGAUGGAAGCACAGUAGGAAUAAAGUUCUAAAGAUUCCUCUAGUUGGGAGUCAGUAUAGUCAGCACAGAAGGCAGUGGAAAGGGUUCUGGAUCCUGUUACUUGCUAAGAAAGGGAAGGAGGCUAUAUUUGAAAGCCACUAUUCCUAAUCCAGCUUUAAAUUUUGAUAAGGAAACAUGGUGCUGGGGGAUUUGUUUUUUGAUUGGGGGUGAGGAGGGGCAAGAGAGGUUUACAUUGGUGGCUAUGGCUUUUGGAGCAGCAAGACCAAGUUUCCGAGAACAGUCUGGUAAUUUUGUUGGAGAACCCCUAGUCAUUCCCUGUUAUAAUAGGUAGGACUAAUUGAGAAAUCCAUCUAAUCAUCUGAUGAGUCUAAUAUGAGGAAGUGGAUCAAAAGCAUUUAGCAUUGGCCUGUUUUCUUUAUGCUUUUCUCCCAUUUCCUCUCACCACUGCUGUGAUAAAAAGUGAUUUAAUCCAAACCCAUAAUGACUAAGGAUGCUUUUAAGGAGCUCACUCAGCCAACUUGCCCUGCCCUCUGUCACCUAUGACAGACCUCUCCUGACCCCAUCUCAGCUUCAACAGCAGAGUAUGAAUGCAAACAAAGAGCAAAGCCCAGAGAAGGAAGGCUCUGGCCUGAUCCUGGCGUUAGGGCUCCUUGCUGCGUUAAGAUGGAGCUCCUGAGUUUUCCCAGCUGAAAGGAUGACUUCUCAUUAUGUUUUCCCAAUCUUGCUCAUCCUGUAGCAUAAAUGAAGUGCACUAUUAAACAGAAUAGCUUUUCAGAAGGAGAGAUUGAGUGUGUUUUUGUGUAGGGGCCACGUUUUUUUUUAGUUUAAAAAGGAAACAGUGACUGUAAGUGGAAUCUCUAAAAAAUCUUAGUUUUUACAGCCAAGCAUUUCUCUCUUAGUCGUAAACGUGUGACCUGUUUCCUUCAAGACUCAUGUUACAUUAUUCUAGAUACUACCCCAGACUAUUCAAUCAUUUACACAAUCUCCCCCUUUAUAUCCACAUGUAGUUUGUUUUUUUUUUCUUUCUUCUGCAUAUCAUUCUGUGUGGUAUGAUACUUAAAAUCAGCAACUACCCUGGCCAGAGUGGCUCAGUUGGUUGUCAUCCCGUGCACCAAAGGGGUUGCCAGUUCAAUUCCUGGUGAGAAUACAUACCUGUGUUGCAGGUUUGAUUCUCAGUUGGGGAGUACACAGAAGACCACCAAGCUAUGUUUCUCACAUUGGUCUACCCUGUCCCCCUUCCUAUCUCUUCCUCCUUCCAAGCAUUCCCUUGGGUGAGGAUUAAAAAAAAAAAAGCCCAGCAACUAAAACUAGAAAGGUGUUACAGGGUAUGAUGGUCCCUGACAAGAGCAUGUUUGAAUGUUGGGUAGAAAUGGGCAUAUUUAGAUUUCUUAGUUUAACUAUUGGUGAGAGUAUGUUAUAGUCAUGGAGGAGGCUGAGUUGAAAGUAUAAUUGAGAAGAUGAGAAAAUGUCUAGAACUAGCAUCUGAAAAAUUUUGGAUCACAUUUUUACCUAAUAUGUUUUUAAUUUUUUAAAAUAUGUUUUUAU